AUCCCGAGUCGGUGCGGGAGGGGCCGCGCGCGGUCAUAGAAGGCGGAGCCGGCGGGGAAAAGGAAAGCGAGAGCGAGCCGCCCGGACCCGGCAGGCGGGCAGCGGCAGCGGCAGCGGCAGCGGCAGCGGCGGUGCACGGUUAUUAGAAGAAAUGGCCAAUCAUCGUCCACCAAGUUUUUUUAUAGAAGAACUUAAUGUAUACUGUCAGAAGCACAACAUGGUACUUAAGUAUCAGGAACUGUCUAAGACGGGACCUCCACAUAACUUAAGGUUUAAAUACCAAGUUAUCAUAGAUGAGAGAGGAUAUCCAGAAGCUGAAGGUAAAUCGAAGAAGGAGGCCAGAAAUGCUGCAGCCAAAUUGGCGAUUGAAAUACUUAAUAAAGAAAACAAGGCAGUUAGUUCUGUAUCACUGCCAACAACACAUUCAUCAGAAGGAUUAGGAUUAGGAUCCACUGGGAAUUUCAUAGGCCGUAUCAAUAGGCUUGCCCAGAAGGAACAACUGUCUGUAAAUUAUGAACAAUGUGAAUUGAAAGAACCUGGGCCUGAAAGAUUUCAUUAUAGAUGCAAAAUUGGACAGAAAGAAUACGGUAUUGGUGUAGGUAGUACUAAGCAAGAAGCCAAACAGUCAGCUGCUAAGCUUGCGUAUGAGCAGAUACUUUCAGAGAAAACCUCAAUGAAAGCUGACUCGGUAUUAGCUGGUUCUUUGAUUACUUCGCCUGGUGACUCUGGAAGCAACACUUUGGUGAAAAGCAUAUCUGCUCCUGAAUCACCAUCUGAAAAUGAUUUCUUGGAAAAUUCAUCAGGAGGAAGUUGUGACAGGGGCCGUGUAAACAAUUCUUCAUCUCCUAUGGACAAUGUCAGAAAUAGUGAAAAGAAGGUGAAAAGAAGUUUGGCACCUACAUUUAACUCUCCUGUGACAAAAGACAGCAGGUGUUCUGUGGAACUCAGGUUUACCAGUGAUUUUACAGAAAUAGAACCGAUUGGUUCAGGUGGAUAUGGCCAAGUUUUCAAAGCAAAACACAGAAUUGAUAGGAAGACUUACGUUGUUAAACGUGUUAAAUAUGAUAGCGAGAAGGCAGAGCGUGAAGUAAAAGCUUUGGCAGCUCUCAAUCACCCAAAUAUCGUUCACUACUACAGCUGCUGGUUUGGCGAUGAUUACCAUUCUGUGGACAGCAUUAACACUUCAAGACCAAAGACUAAGUGCCUUUUCAUCCAAAUGGAAUUCUGUGGUAAAGGGACAUUGGAGCAAUGGAUUGACAGCAGAAGAGGCCAGACACCAGACAAACAUUUGGCUUUGGAAUUGUAUGAACAAAUAACAGCAGGUGUGGAUUAUAUACAUUGCAAACAGUUAAUCCAUAGAGACCUUAAGCCAGGUAACGUGUUUUUGGUAGAUACGAAACAAGUAAAGAUAGGAGACUUUGGACUUGUGACAUCCCUGAAAAAUUACGCAAAUCGGACAAGGAAUACAGGAACUCUUCGAUACAUGAGCCCAGAACAGAUUUCUUUACAAGAAUAUGGAAACGAAGUGGACAUCUUUGCUUUGGGGCUAAUUCUCGCGGAACUCCUUUACAUAUGUCCCACUGUUUCAGAAACAUUACAGAUUUUUAAAGAGCUAAGGGAUGGCAAGUUCUCAGAUGUAUUUGAUGGCAGAGAAAAAAUUCUUCUGCAAAAAUUACUGUCACCCGAACCCACGAAACGGCCUCAUGCAUCUGAAAUACUGGAGACUUUGAAGGAGUGGAGGAAUGUAAAAGAGAAUAAGAAACGAAGCACAUGUUAGAGCUCUUCUAAAAAAAGUAUCCUGCCUUGGAUAUUCAAUUUUUCUAUAACUGUCUAAAAUCUUCUAGGGACACCUAUUGGGUAUUUACCUUCUAUUUUUAUUUUCCUCUUAAUUUUUCACUAAAUUUUAAGAAGGUUUGAAUCUUUUUUUUUUUUUUUUUACUUCAAAAGCAUUCAGACACUUCUUUUGUGAGCUUAUCUUCUUAUUAUAAACAUAGGGGAGAAUAUCUCUCAAAUUUUUAAAAUAUUAGCAAAUCAAUUAAUAUUCAUUAAAUGUCCACUGUUUCUAGGCCAAAAAUAUAUGAGAUAUCUCACUGUUUGAAAUAGCUAAUUUAGAGAAAUAUGGUACUCAUAAGAAGAUAAGUGAUAUACAAUCACUUUGGAAAACAAUUUGGUAUGAUCUGGUAAAGUUGAAGGUGUAUAUACCCUCAAAGCCAUCAAUUUGGUUCCUACAUGCUUGCCUACCAGAAUGUUCAUAGAAACCUUGUUCAUAACAGCCAAAAGAACAAAAAACAACGUACAUCACAAGAAGAAUGGAUAAACUGUAUUUUUUCAUACAUUGUAAUACUAUAUAGCAGUGAAAAUGAACGAAUUAUAUAGCUAAGUGCAAUAACAUGAUACAUCUCUGAGGAACAUAAUGUUAAGCCAACAAAGCCAGUUACAGAAAACAUAUACAGAAUGAUUCUAUUUACAUAAAGUUCCAGACCACGCUAAAUGAAAUACUUUGUUUAGAAAUCCAAACAAAUGUGGUAAAACAAUAAAGGGAAAGAAAGGAAUAAGAAAUUCUACAUUUUGAUGGUGGUUUUUCUGAGGAGGGAUGGAAGUGGUGUGAUAGGGGAAGUAAACUUCAAAGAUAACAGUUCACUUUGUUUUAAGUUUAUUUAUUUAUUUACUUUGGAGAGAGAGAGAGGAGAGAGAAUUCCAAGCAGGCUCUACACUUACAGCAUGGAGCCAGAUGUGGGGCUCGAACUCCUGAGACACAAGAUCAUGACCUGAGCCAAAGUCAAGAGUUGGAUGCUUAAGCGUCAUGACUGAGUCACCCAGGCACUCCUCACUUUUUUUGUCUUAAACCAGAUGUUGCAUUCACUACUGUUUACUGUGUACUCUUUUUAUCUUAAAUACAUUUUGUAUCUAUUGGAACACUUUAAAGAGAUAACUGUGCUAGAAGGCAGUAGGUAAGCACAGAGAAGAAUCAGUCUGGAGAAGUUUCCAGGAGAUCACUUUCUCCUGAGGUAUCAUGGCAUACAGCUUAGAAGUGGCAUUCUGGUGAGACUUCUAAGUAGGCUAGGGAUUUAGACAAGUAGUGAGGAGCAAAUAUGGGCAGGAGUCUGGACAAGAGCCAUGGCUUGAGUUCUGGAAAAGAUACACCUAAGAAUGUUGGGUAUACUUUGUUUCCCUGAAUUGCUGGAGAGAAUACCAGAAGAUAAUUUGGGUGAUAUCUUG